AGGAGGAAGGGGCACCUGCCAGUCCUGUGAGAAAAGGCCCCUCUUCCAGCCACGUCAUCAGCUGCCCUUCCGAGGAGCCUCUUGGGAGAAGUGGCCUUUGACCUGAGGGCGCAGCCAGCCCAGCCGCUGAGGGUCACUCCCUGCGCCCCCCGGAGAUGCCAGCCAAGACCCCCAUCUACCUGAAGACCUCGACCCCCAAGCGGGGCCGGAAGCUGCGCCUGCGGGACGUGCUCUCCAGCGACAUGAUCAGCCCCCCGCUGGGCGACUUCCGCCACAGCGCCCACAUCGGCCUGGACGGGGAGGGCGACAUGUUUGGGGAGCUCUCCUUCCUGCAGGGCAAGUACGACCUGCUGCCCCGCCUGGGCCGCUGCGGGGGCUCCCCGGGGGGCGGCUACCGCACCCUCCUGAAGAGCGCCGUCUCCCUGCCCGCCUUCAGCGGCACCCAGGACCAGGCACCCCCCAAGCCCCCCCGCCUCCACCUGGAGGAGAUGCCCAGCGGUGGGGGCCAGGGGCGCUCCAUGUCGGUGGGCUGUGCCAGCGCCGCCGAGGGCCUCUCCUUCUCCGCCGCGGCUGCCCCCCACUACGAGCCACUGGCCUCUUCCGUCUCCUUCUCGGCCCCCCCACCAGAAGGCGGCUGUUUUGUGGGGGACAGCGGGUACCACGCCGUGGGCAGCCAGGAGUGCCCCUGUGGGGGAGCAGCCCCCCUGCCUCGCUCGGAGUCCCUGCUGCGCCUGGACCUGGACCUGGGCCCCUCCAUCUUGGAUGACGUCCUGCGCAUCAUGGAGGAAUACCAGCGGCCUGUGCCCAAAGCCCUGUAGAGCAUCCGCCUGCCCACGCGCCCCUCCCCAGCUCCACCGGUGUGGGUGCGGCCUUCCUGCUCAACGUCCCCAGAGGGGCUGGACCUGCGGGGUCCUGGGGUAAUGAGGAGAGGCAGCCCCAUUUGCCUGCUCAAGGGCCCAGGCAGGCAGCAAGGAGAGGCAGGGGCUUGGCCAGGAGCCGAAUUGAGGGGGGUCUUUGCUGAAGGAGAGCGG